UCCUACUCAACGGAGUGGUGCGGGCUGCGUGACGUCACCGCCCGGGCUGGCUAUAGUCUCGGAGGCGGGCUCGGCUGGCUUCAGUCCGCGCCUCCCGCAGCAGCCGGACCCAGCGUGGGCUCCCGACCGGGCACCGCUUCCCCUCCCGACGGGCGCAGGCUGGUGAAGAAGGAGGAGGAGAGAGUGAGAGAGCAAAGCAUUUCCUCAGCCAGGGUCCCAUUGCCGGCAUCCCAUUUCAAGCCCAUCUGCAGGGAGAGGAGGAGGGGUCCUGCCUUUCCAGAAAGCCUCCUCCAUGAAUGCCAAGCUCUCCAAGGAGUUGAGGCUCUCCUUGCCGCCCUGCCUCUCCAACUGGACGUGGGGCUCCUCCAACGCCAGCAGCAGCAGCGGCACUUGCGUCACCCAGAUGGAGCAGCUCUUCCAGUCCUUCUCCUCCACGGUGGUGCUCAUCGUCCUGGUGGCCCUCAUCCUCUGCCUGAUCCUGCUCUCCCUCAUCACCUUCCACGUCCACAAGAGGAAGAUGAAGAAGCGGAAGAUGCAGAAGGCUCAGGAGGAGUACGAGCGCGACCACUGCAGCAGUGCUAGCAGUGCUGGGGUUGGCCAGCCCUUUGAAAUACCCCAAGGGGGAGAGUUGUCCAGGCUGGGAAGAUCCACUCGGGAUUCUAGUGUCCAGUGUACUGACCCCGAACCCCGGAGCACGCGCCCCCAAUCGUGUUCGGACACACAAUCAGACACGCCGGGGCUUUUGCAAACAGUGGUAUUGUCUUGAUUUUAUCGACCGAUUGGUUUUAAUUUUUUGUGGGGACUCCGCCAAAAGACAGUGUUUGGUGCUUGUACAUAUUUGAGCCCUUAUUAUUAUUAUUAUUAUAAUCUUGAAGAAGAAGAAGAUAAAGAAGAAGACAAAUAAUAUUAUUACUAAGAACCAAACCAGCGAACCAGAAUCCAAACGCAUGACAAAUUGCACUGCGUUUUUUUUCCCAUUGACUUUUUGCAAGGAGGAAGGCUGCGUCUUUAUUUAUUUAUUCCUUUUAGAGAAGAUAUGGUUUGGGUGAGAGGGAGGGAGGGAGGGAGAGCGGCACUGUGCUACCAAAUAUAUAAAUAACCUACCCUGAAAGGAAUGGUGCAAGCAGUACAUUUGCGGUGUAUGCAUCCAAACGAUCCAGAUGAUCUAUAUUUCCUGAUUCUCUUUUUAUUGGGAAUUCUGUUUUAAGUGUCAUGGUAUUUAAAGGACUGUUCUGAAAUCCGACUGAUAAGAAUGAGAAAAGGGAGGGAGAGCUGAAGGGGGUGGGGUGGGAAUGGAGCAGAAACGGAAAGGCAAGGCGACUUAUCAAUGGGAAUUUAGAGUUUCCUCUCAAUGGCAUUGCAGGGUGGGAUUGUCCUUUCCCCAGUUGGCAAUGAACAACGAAU